ACUUAUUGAGAGGAUCAUCGUGUUCGGGUUUUAUUAUAGGGAGAUGGAGCGGUUUUCAGGAAAGUGCAGGGAUUUAAGUUGGAUAAGGUCUGCAAAUGCGAACCCUUUGGAGAAAAAGGAGAAGGGAAGUGUUUAUCGUAGGGCACUUGCCAAUGGCAUUGUUGAAAUACUCUCAGUUUAUAGGUCUGCGGUUCUGCAUAUUGAGCAGAAGUUGUUGUCUGAAAACAUGCCUAUCUUGGCCACAGUUACUCAGGGCCUUAACAAGUUUCUUUGCCUUUUGCCUCCUCUGUAUGAGCUCAUCCUAGAGAUUGAGCGUGAUGAUAUUCGUGGAGGUCAGCUUCUUAAUCUUCUACAUAAGAGAUGCCACUGUGGAGUGCCUGAAUUACAGACUUGCAUGCAAAGGUAUGCAGUUCUUUUCACGUGUAGUAUUCUUGGUAAUGUUAAGAUGCAGGUUGUGUCAUUUCCAACUAUGUGAUGAUAUGCCUCUAAUGCUGUUGUG